AUGUGUGACAAGAGACAUUGUGGAAACUCGUCGGAUCUUUUUUUUGAGUUCCCAUUCCAAUUAAGAAAAGAAAAUCAAAUUAACAAUGCUCAAAGUGAUCGAUGUGUGUACCCAGGAUUUGAAGUUGUUUGCAAGAAUAAGCAACCUUUGAUUACACUCUCAAAUGGAAGAGAAUUUGUUGUCAAACAUAUUUACCGUGAGAGACAAAGAAUUUUGGUCAAGGAUCUCAAUGAUUGUCCACCAAGAAGGUUCAUUCAAAACAUAGACAUAGACAUCGACGAUGAUUCACCUUUCCAAUUGGACAAGUCUUAUGAAAAUGACCAUUAUGAAAACGUAAUAUUUCUCAAUUGUACCAACAAUGUUGAAAAGGAACCAUUUGAUGAUCUUCCUAAUAUACCUUGUCUAAGCAGUGGCAGUUAUACGAUUGUGUAUACCAUAGAAUCACCUCUUACUAAUUUGUGGAAUUCAUCGUGUAGUAAAAUUGGGUUUGCUAAGGUUCCAGUCACAAAUAAUUCUGGUGAACCAAUGGUAAUACUAAACUCUGAUAUAUUAUUGCGAUGGAAUACACCUCUUUGUAAGUGUGAAGCAGAUCAAUCUUGUGGCUUUCUAGCCGAUACGGGUCUUUCUGUUACUUGUUACGAUACAAACGGUUAUUUUGGUCCCCCAGGUGGGAAUGCUACAGCUCCAAAGGCUAAAAAUAUAUACUUUUUUCCAGUGGUAUGGGGAAUAUCUGGACUUUUGUUCUUCAUGUGGGUAACUUUAUCUGUAUGUAAAGAUAGACAGCAAAACCAUACCCAACAAACACAAACAAUUACGAACAUAGAACCAAGUAAUCAGGAACCUCAUUGGUUUGUGUUUGGACUUGAUCAUUCAAGGAUAGAACAAUAUCCAAAGAUUCAACUUGCAGAGAAUGGACAAUUGCCAAAAUUCAUUGACAAUGUUUGUUCCAUAUGUCUUAGUGAGUACAAACCAAUGGAGACAUUAAGAAGUAUACCUCAAUGUAAUCAUCAUUUCCAUGCAGAUUGUAUAGAUGUUUGGCUCAAGAUGAAUGCUACUUGCCCUUUAUGUAGAAAUUUGCCUGAGUGA